AUGGUAGUCAGACUUGAGCGGUUUCUCAACACAACCGGUUUCUUCUUCUUCGCUAUCGUCCUUUUCUGCCUCAUCCUCCUUACACCAGCGGACGCCAUUUACCAAUGCUACGAGACUAAUCGACUCACAAACAUCUUCUUCAUUACCGGCGCAUAUGUGAUCACCUUCCUAUUUGCAGUCCUCAUCUAUGCGACACGCAUCUACACGAAUCGCAGUGCACUCACCGGCAUACCCAAAGCCUGGAUCCCCGUGGAAAAGGAAGAUGUGAACAAGAGCGUUAGGCGACUGGUAAAGGAAGGCCUCAUCCGUAGCGCCGUCAUCGCCUAUCAAGCCCGCCCACGCGACGUCUCCACCGAUGAGGACAGCUUCCAAAAAUACAGAUCGCUUCUCAUCGACCCCGAACGACCCCCAUGGGGCCAUGUCGAGCACCCCGGCUGGUCUUCGCCAGACUCGCCAGACUUACCGAAUCUACCAUACCGCACAGUCAUACACGAACUCCCCAGCUUGAUUGAAGCCAAAGCUGUCUCCCUUGCCCCUAUUGAUUCAUUAUCAUCUGCGCCCACAUACCACUUCGAUCCGUCAGGCGACCUUACGAUACAGUCUCUCCCGGAUACACGCGUGGUGGAAGUAUUACAGCGUCCAGCGUCAAUGGGUCUGAGAGAAUAUAUCCGCCAUCUGACGUCCCUCGGGGCUAUCAAUCCGCCAGAACUCGGUGCGGAUUUCCUUGCGCUGUACGAACAAGCCAGAUUCUCGACGCGCGAUCUACACGAGACGGAAUUCCGCGACCUGAUGCACCUCUUCGCGGAGAUUCUGAGGGGGAUGACAUCCCUUGCACCACCGAUCCUGGAUGAAAUUCGCGACAGCGCUAGCUCCCGGCGAGCCUAUAGCGAAUCUAGCAUUGAAUCCUCGGAUGAUGAGAGAGAAACAGAUACCGGGACUUAUGGUUAUGACGGGACUCUAGGGUACAUGCGAAGUAACAGCCUUCGCCCAUCGAAUACGUCUACCUGGGAGACCCAGUCCGGGUAUGACACUGCGCCCGCAAGGCAAGAUGCCGCGUCUGAAUUGUCAACGGACAGUGGAUCCUCCGUGGCACGAAGCUUUCUUCAUACCCCUUCUACGAGGUCUCUACGACGCGUGGCCUCGGGCCAAUCCGGCAGUUCGGGAGGGAGUGUUAUUCGUCUGAGGCAGCCACGAGAUCCGACAGAUUUGCCGUAUACAAUUGACUACGCUGGACGUAGGCAAUGA